UCAUUUCAUUUGAACCACAUCAAAAUCAAAUCACACACCAUCCAACCAAAACUCUCUGUUCUCUCUCUCUCUCUCUCUCUUUUUACUUUCACAUCACAUCAAGUGAACUCUAUGAAAUAAGAAGAAUGGAAAAGGAAAUCCUGAAGUUAGGGCAAAUUGAAGAACAAAAAAGAGGUUUUCAUUUUUAGGCAACGAAGAGAAGGUUAAAGAAGCUAGGACAAAAGGCAAAAUAAGAUCAGAAGGCCAAAUUACAAAAAGCAUUUCCACAUUUGUGAUUCAUCAAAGAAGUGUUGAAGAAAUCAUCUACGUUACAAGCACCGAUUUGAAAAAUAAAAAAAGGUAAAUAUAAAGAUACUCUGCUGUGAUGGUGAACAAGCUUGGAGGAAAGAUUUUGAUGGAGAACACUGUUGGUUCCAACACAGUAGCUUACACACUGAGACAAUCCAACAGACCUCCAUUUUUUAAUGGAAAAUAUUACAAUUACUGGAAAGAAAGAAUGAAGUUUUUUGUUCAGUCAGUGGAUUACAACCUCUGGAAGAUAAUCAUCAAUGGUCCUCAAAUUCCUACCAAAACUGGCGGUGACGGUGUUGUCACUCCCAAAACUGAAGCAGAAUGGAAUGAAGAUGACAAGAAAAAAGUGGAGCUCAAUGCUAAGGCGGUCAAUAUGCUAUACUGUGCAAUCAACUUGGAAGAAUAUCAAAAGAUUUCAAGAUGCAAAACAGCAAAAGAAAUCUGGGAUAAGCUUCAAGUUAUACAUGAGGGCACUACACAAGUAAAGGAAAUGAGGAUUGACAUGUUGAGGAAAGAAUAUGAGAUGUUCUCUAUGAAGGAAAAAGAAUCAAUUGAUGACAUGUUUGAGAGAUUCUCUAUCAUCAUUAAUAGCUUGGAUGCUAUGGAGAUUACUCAUUCCGAAGAAAUGCUGGUGAGGAAGGUCCUAAGAAGUUUAACAAAAGAGUGGAAAACUAAGGUUACUGUUAUCUCUAAAAGCAGUAACUUAAGUCAAAUGACCUAUGAUGAGUUGAGAGAAAAAUUACUAGCAUAUGAAAUCAUUCACAUAAAGAAUGAUACAAAAAAGAAAGUAGUGAAUCUUAAAUCUUAUACUGAAUCAUUGGAUGAUGAAUCCAGUGACUGUUUAUCAGAUGACGACUUUGUGGUUUUUGUUAGGGAACUCAGAAAGAUGAUGAGACUCAAAGAAAGAAGCAAAGGAGGUAACUCAAAGGAAUCAAAAAAGGACAAGGUCAUUUGUCGCAACUGCAGAGAAGUUGAACACUACAAAUAUGACUGUCCAAAGCUGAAGAAAGAAGAUAAGUCACGGAAGGACAAGAAGAAGGGACUUAAGCCUAUUGCUUCUUUUGAUAUGAGGAACGACAGGGAUAGAACAAGAGGCUGUGACGGUGGUGGCAGCUUCGGGAAGGAUAAAAUUGAUGCUCUUAGUAGGCUCCUGACGAGGAUUUUGCGUCAUAUGGCAUCUGAAUUGAACUUAGAUAUGCGAAGUGAUGGUUAUGUCAAAGUUAAUGAUCUGCUAAAGUUGAAUAUGAAGACAUUUGCUAAUAUUCCAUUAAGAUCCCACAAUAUUGAUGAUGUUAGAGAGGCUGUUCGAAAGGAUAAUAAGCAGCGCUUCAGCCUUAUAGAAGAAAAUGGGAAGCUACUUAUUCGAGCUAACCAAGGCCAUACAAUAUCGGUAUGAGGUGAGAUGUAAAUGUUCUGAUCUUUUUAGAUGUUAGAAAAGCAUUGGAGGGUAUGAUGAUAUUCCAAACACAAUUCUUGAAAUGUUGAACUUCUCAGUUGUUUGUUGAUGAUUAGUAACUAAGAUAUACUCUUUUUACAAUCUUAUUGCAGAAGGUAUGAAACUGUCAUUGUUUCUUCAGCAUAGGUGUUUUAUACACUUGUUAAAUUUAAAACAAAAUGGUUAACUGUAA